GGAUAGACCAGCGCAACAUAGAGCAAGCAGAAGCCGCUGCAGGAUCGCAAAGGAGGUCCCGGUUGGCAGCGAAGUACAUCGCAGCUUUCAAGAAACCGGCAGAGUCCCCGGAGCAUUCGUCACAAUGGCUACGCGGAAGAUCGUCCCAAAAGAUCAGAUCGUCAAGCUGAUCGUUGGUGCUGGCCAGGCCAGCCCAAGUCCUCCCGUCGGUCCGGCUCUUGGUAGCAAGGGUGUGAAAAGCAUGGAUUUCUGCAAGGAAUUUAAUGCCCGCACGGCACACAUCAAUCCUGGCGUGCCGGUUCCAGCCCGAGUAACCGUGCGUCCUGACAGAUCUUUCACAUUCGAACUUCGAACCCCAGCGACAUCUUGGCUUCUACUCCAGGCCGCAAGAGUGGACGAGCGUGCUGGCCGUCUGCGCGGUGGUGGAAAUCCGGGUCAUGAGAGCAUCGGCUCGGUGUCGCUAAAGCAUGUUUACGAAAUCGCCAAGAUUAAGCAGUCAGAGAUCAGAUUGUCUGGGUUAAGCUUGGAGGGGCUGUGUAAGAGUGUGAUCGCGCAGGCGAAGUCAAUUGGCCUUGAGGUUGUACCAUGACACCCUGCGAAGCGGAAGGGCGUCGGAAGCAGCUUUUCAACGUUUCAUUUUCAAUUGCAUGGCGUUAUGGGAAGAAGAGCGAGGAUAUCCUCUUUCUUUGUUUUGUGUAUUUGUGAUGGACUGUACUAUAUUGGAAGCUCCUUGCAGUAAAAUGAUGGAUGUACGUCUACGACGUUAUCGAGCUAUAUUUGGCCAAAAUGAUGCCACGUCGCCCAGUCAACUAUCAUCCGGCGUGGGUGCUCGGAUGCUUCACAGGACAGGGGCCGGCACUGCCUACCGCGGACCAAGCUGGGUGG